UCUCGCGUUUUCUGCCGAGAGCAGAUCGCCUGCAGUGACGGGAUGGAUGUUCGCGAAUGCCGAAAAGUGUCACGUCUCGAAGAGUACCGUGUCGUCGCGAUCACCGAGGGAUUUGAUUGGAUGGCGUUGCCCGAUGAAAGAGACGACGAGAGUGUUUGAUGGGACAGACGACGGUGUUGCAAAGACGAUGCGACGUUUGGUCGGCGGAUGGACGCUCCAGCCGCUGGAAAGCCCGAAUCCGGAGGAAAGUACGAAGAAGCCGGCGGUAAUCACUGCCAUCGUCAUCAUCGCCGCGGGCGGCGCAGGAGGAUAACCGAGUUGACGAAAGUCGCAAGAAGGAAAAGGGAAAGGAAGAAGCGCGGCAAGCAGCGUGCAGCAGCGCGAGGCAUCAGUUAAUCACACCGUCGUCAUUGCGGUCAGUCGAGACACGAAGUACGUGGAGGAAGACGAGAAAGAAGUGGGAAAAAAAAGGAAGCAGGAGGUGCGACCGUCGGUAGGAGGAACAAUCGUUUAGUGAGGGGAAAAGUCUCGUCGGUUCGUCAUUGGAAACGUGGACGUUCAACGUUAGACGACGUCCGGUCACGCGAGCGUCGAUAAAUUCGACGUCCUAAUCACGAAUCCUAUUCAUUCAUCGGUGGACGCUUCCUCGCUCAUGAAAAUACGAGGCAUCGAUCGCGACGCAAGGCGUUUUUCGUCAAUUUAUUUCGCGAGUACUUGGAGCAAAUCGAUAAAUUUUACGUAGAGCGUGGUGUGCCACUUCUUUUUUUUUUUUUUUUAUAUAUAUAUUAUUAAACGUACUUUAGACCUCGAGAGUUAUUCGAGGAGACACGAAGCCAACGGGACAUAUUUAUAUAAAAUUUUGAAUAAUUCGGAGAGAUCAAGACUUUCAUGGCCAUCCUGAUGAAAAAAUUAUUCGUCGAUAUUUCUACACGAGCUACUUCGUACUUCGAUCGUUCCAAGCGAAUUCUUUGAAUCGCUCGUUGAAAUUCUCGAUUCGACUUUGCUUUGCGAAUAUCUCGAAAAGAUUCGACAGAGACCAGAGUGGGAUCCUCGAUCUGUUCUACUAUACGCGCGGCUCAAUCACAAGUCUCGACGAGAGACUUUGCAAUCGCCGGUGGAAUUUUUACCUUCGUACGAAUAUUCCACGAAUGUUCCGAAGGGAUUUGAAGAACUGUCGGUAGCCGAUAGCGGUUGUGCGCGGAUCCCGAGGGGAAGUUCGACUUUGAUAUAGUGCGGUUUAUCAUUGUUGAAUUUGCGUGAAACUUUCCCGCGAUCGUGGAGAACACCGCGAGUGCUGCAAGUUGGCGUUUGUCAUCUUCUCCUUCGGGAAACUGGACAGAUGUGCUCCGUCGUGAAGAUGAUACGCCACAUAGCCGUCGCCGCCUUUCUCACUGUACUCGCCAGCGGAGCGCCGAGAUCUUCGAUCAUCUACGCGGACGACAAAGUGCAAAAUUAUCUCAUGAAAUUCGGCUACUUACCUCAGAGCGAUUUCGAAACAGGAAAUUUACGGACGGAGGAUCAACUCAGGGAUGCCAUCAAAAAUCUGCAGAAAUUCGGUGGCAUUCCGGCGACGGGGGAGAUCGACGAGGCGACGAAGAAGUUAAUGAGGGCUAGAAGAUGCGGAUUACCGGAUCAGCCGGAUCUCAAAUUUACCAAGACGAGGCAUAAGCGUUUCACUAUUCACGGACAACAAUGGCCGUAUCGGAAUCUCACCUGGAGUCUGAGAUCCGAACAGCCUAGUGGCUUGGACACAGGCGGGGUCCGGCUGCAGCUGAGUAAGGCCCUCAAUCUCUGGGCCAGAAAUUCGAGGCUCACCUUCCAGGAGAUCAACAGCGACCGUGCCGACAUCCUGGUCUACUUCCACCGGGGUUAUCACGGAGACGGAUAUCCGUUCGAUGGCAGAGGUCAGAUCCUGGCGCACGCGUUCUUCCCGGGCAAGGACCGCGGUGGAGACGCUCACUUCGACGAGGAGGAGAUUUGGUUGCUUGAGGACGAGAGCAACGAGGAAGGCACCAGCCUGUUCGCGGUGGCCGCUCAUGAAUUUGGCCAUUCCCUGGGACUGGCGCACAGCUCGGUCCAGGGUGCUCUCAUGUAUCCCUGGUACCAAGGAUUGAGUGCCAACUACGAGCUACCGGAGGACGACCGCCACGGGAUUCAGCAGAUGUAUGGGGCUCCUGAAGACAAACUGUGGGGCAAUAUACCAGGAGGUCCACCGCUACCCCCGACGGCAACAACGACGACGACGACUACGACAACGACGUACAGGCCUUGGAGGCCUAGGCCCACCAGGCCUAAUCAUUAUCCAGACGAAGGCAGACCUCGACAACCGGGUCGUUACCCGCAGAAACCUGACUAUCGACCGCAUAAGCCUCAUCGGCAUCACACGACGUCGUGGUCGACGACGACGACGACGACAACGACAACGACGAUGAGGCCUACGCCGAGGAUAAGACAUCGAUGGACCCCGCCACAGCGGGACGACGUGCCCAACAAAUGCGACACGAGCUACGACGCCAUCAGCAUUAUCCGCAGAGAGGUCUUCGUCUUCAAAGGACGAUAUCUGUGGCGAAUAGGCGAUCAAGGGAUUUAUGAGGGAUAUCCGGCGGAGAUCACCAGGUUGUUCAAUCUACCACCGGACAUCGAUCACGUGGACGCUGUAUACGAGCGACCGGAUAAGAAGAUAGUCUUCUUCAUCGGUCGUGAGUAUUACGUCUUCGACGCCAACAAUCUGGAGCCGGGUUAUCCGAAACCACUUACAUACCUGGGAUUGCCAGAGUCCCUAGAGAAGAUUGACCUAGAGAAGAUUGACGGCGCCAUGGUGUGGGGCCACAACGGCAGAACUUACUUCUUCAGCGGUUCUAUGUACUGGAGGUUCGACGAAUCUGUUAAUUACGUGGAACUCGAUUAUCCCAGGGACAUGAGCAUGUUCGCCGGCGUUGGGAAUGACAUUGAUGCCGUUUUUCAAUGGAAAAAUGGCAAGACGUACUUCUUCAAAGGCAAGGGUUUCUGGGAAUUUGACGAUCUUAGGAUGAGGGUGAUGCACGAGAAACAGAAAUUGUCGGCGCCAGUCUGGAUGGGCUGUCCGCCGCCGGAAGUGGAGACCAACGAUAUCGAGACCAACCUGCCCAGGAAGUCAAAGAUCGUCUCGGCUUCCGCUACCGUCGCCACAGGAGAAAUCACAUCAAUAUUUGUCAUGGUCGUUGUGAGCUUUAUCAUGAGGAUAAUAAACGUAUAAAAACGAGAUUAUACCGCAUGUGUCUUUCGAGCUGACGAUGUGCAGGGAGCAUUUUGUACCUCACAUCGGAAUUUCGCGUGCGAAAUACGAAUACCGGAAAGUCAAUCGGAUUUUUAAAGCGCGGACGUCGACGGAUCGGCGAACACAGGGGAUGGAAGACCGUUCGUAUAUAUAUCGAUUGGAAUUUCAAAGGAAUGCCUGCGGCACAUUCGUACCCAUGGAAUCGACUUCGUCGCCGCGCCUUCCGAUGGAGAGAUUGCAGUUCGAAGGAAGCUCUAAGAAUGAUAUCGAACUAAGUCGCGAAACCACACGUUUUUGAAAAGGAUAUAUUGUACGAAAUAAUCGACGUCGAAUUAUAUACAAUGUUAAGAUACGAUAUUACGAGAAAACAUUUUUUUUUACUGUACACUUUAUACUCUUAUUUUUUUAUCUCGGAGUACCUGAAAGUGAGAUAAAAUUGUAUUGACAUUUAAUCUUCUCUUACAAAGAACGUGUGACUUAGGUCCAUAUCAUCAAUCCUGGAAAGACCACGCUAUCGCGCUACGCAGGAGCAUAUUUUUGUAUACUAUCUUUUUAUACACGGCCACAUUUACAUACAAAGUAAUUAACUUAAGAUGUAACUUUUUUAUAUCGCAUAACGGACGAAUAACUGGUCCCUUCGAAGAUGCGAAAAAAAAACAAGAUUCCUUGAGAACAUUUUACAGACAAUCUUGUGCGACAAGAAUUUGCAAAUUACCACUGCCGAAAAUCCAUCCAACGUUUUUCGAUAUUCUUUUUACAGAGACUUUUAAGUGGAGAUAAGAAACUUUUCAGUCAUAUAUAUAUAUCCCUUUUAAAGGCCAAUAAGCGCCGUAAAAAAAUUCCGCGAUCGUCCCUCCGUAAAACACCUCGCGGUGAGUUGGAAUCGACAAUCUCAAAAUGAUAAAACGAUCGAUUCUGACAAAGCACAUAUUUUAUAUAAAUAUUAUAUUAAUUAUUGAUACCGUAUAAUUUAGCAAAAGAGGACACGAGCAAAUCGCAGUGUCGCCAGUUUUGUAAACUGUGAUAUUUAUAUACCGCGCGCGAUCAAAGUAGUUAGUGUAAUAAUCAAGGAAGUAGUACAGAAUCAAUCUCGAAGAUUUAUAUACAGUGCCGGUGUAUCAGAGACGCUUGUAUAAACUUUGCGGUCGUAUUUCCCCCGAUUUGUUUCAAGCCGAUUUCUUCUCUGCGUGAGAUAUCGAUUUUUAAGGGAAUGAAGGCGAUCUCAAGAGUGGAAAUAAAAUCUCAUUCUGAAUUUAAUCUGGAGUGCUCUUUGGUUCGAUAGAAUCUUAUAAAAUGACGCUUCAAUAAUCGAGAAAAUCUAAAUUUAAAAAAUUGUAAAGCGAAAAAGAAAGAUGGAGGGAAUAAUUAAAUUUUUACAAAGAAAUUGACUGCAGUUUUAAUAUGCGUGCGAUACGCUUUUGCGAAGUUUGUAAUAUUUCAAAUAUGCACCUCUGUAUGUAUAUAUAUAUAAACAUGUUUUAUAAUUAUAUAAGUCGCGCGUAUUGCAGAAUGUACUAUAUGUCCGUGAAGCGCGCAACAUUGAAACGAAGACAAACGAUAUAAAUGAUAUUAUAUUUCUUUUUCGAUUAAUUUGACGAUUUUGUCUUCUAGUUGAGUAUAUACUUUGUUAUGGAGAAGCAAAAACAUCGGAGUGAUGCGUCUGGUAAUCCUACUAGGAAGCGAGAACCCCUCCAAUCCUCUGUUUAUUCCAAACUUAAGGGAAAAAAUUAACGUGCCGAUUAUAUGCUCUCUAUACUUAUUUUAUAUAUUGUCAGUUCGUGCUUUAUUUGUGUAUAUACAAAAAUAAAGUGAUUUUACCGAACGCA